AUGGGGGCGCUGGCUUAUUUGUCGGAUGUGAAGUCGACUUUCUUCCAGUUCGGGGCCUCCAUCCAGCAGGAGGCGCUGCUCAUGCUCAACAUCAUGGAGGAGUAUGACUGGCACAUUUUCUCCAUCGUCACGUCGAAGUUCCCCGGAUAUCAGGAGUUCAUCAACAUCCUUAAAACAACUGUCGACAACAGUUUUGUGGGCUGGGACCUGCAGAAUAUCAUCAUUCUGGACGCCGUGGAGGAAGACAGCCGCUCUCAGAUCAUGCUCAAGAAGGUCCAGUCCCCCGUGGUUCUGCUUUACUGCUCCAAGGACGAGGCGGUCUACAUCCUGGAGGAGGCUCGCUCCCUGGGCCUCACUGGAUUCGGAUACAUCUGGAUCGUGCCGUCCCUCACGACCGGGAACCCAGAGAUAACUCCCGACGAGUUUCCGCCAGGAAUGCUAUCGGUGUCAUACGACGACUGGGACUACCCUUUGGAGGCGAGAGUUCGGGAUGGUUUGGGGAUCAUAACCUCAGCUGCGGCAGCCAUGUUGGAGGAAUAUGGCGACAUACCUGAAGCCAGGACGUCCUGUUAUGGCCAGAUGGAGAAGACGACCAAGCUGCCACCCAGUGCACUACACAAGUACAUGAUGAAUGUGACAUGGGAUGGCAAGGACUUGUCAUUCACAGAGGACGGCUACCAGGAAUUCCCCAAGCUGGUCGUCAUUGUUCUCAACAAAGACAGGGAAUGGGAGAAGAUGGGGAAACUAGAAAACCGCAGCUUGACACUGAAGUACCCGGUGUGGCCGCGCUUCAACUCCUUCGGCGAUGCUGAGCUGGAUGACAACCACCUGUCCAUCGUCACCUUAGAGGAGAAACCUUUUGUCAUCGUGGAGGACGUGGAGAGGCUCACUGGUACCUGCAUGAGGAACUCAGUGCCCUGCAGGAAGCACAUCAAAGACAACACAACAGAGGCUGGUGGGACAUACAUCAAGAAGUGCUGCAAAGGCUUCUGCAUCGAUAUUCUGAAGAAGAUUGCAAAGUACGUAAAGUUCACCUAUGACCUGUACCUGGUAACCAAUGGCAAGCAUGGCAAGAAGAUCAACAAUGUCUGGAAUGGGAUGGUGGGAGAGGUGGUCUAUAAGAAAGCCGUCAUGGCCGUCGGAUCUCUGACGAUCAAUGAGGAGCGUUCUGAGGUCAUCGAUUUCUCCGUCCCGUUCGUGGAAACCGGGAUCAGCGUCAUGGUCUCCCGUAGCAAUGGAACUGUCUCCCCGUCAGCCUUUCUCGAGCCAUUCAGUGCAUCAGUGUGGGUAAUGAUGUUUGUGAUGCUCCUACUGGUGACUGCAAUGGCCGUGUUCAUGUUUGAGUACAUCAGUCCUCUUGGCUUCAACAGAAACUUGGCGCAGGGAAGAGACCCCCAUGGCCCUUCCUUCACCAUGGGCAAGGCGGUCUGGCUGCUUUGGGGUCUGGUCUUCAACAACUCUGUGCCAGUCCAAAACCCAAAAGGAACCACUAGUAAGUUCAUUGUGUCUGUGUGGGCCUUCUUCGCUGUGAUCUUUCUGGCUUCCUACACUGCCAACCUGGCCGCCUUCAUGAUCCAGGAGGAGUUUGUCGACCAAGUCACCGGUCUGUCUGACAACAAGUUUCAGAACCCGUACGCGUACUCGCCUCCGUUCCGCUUCGGUACGGUUCCAAACGGAUCCACGGAGAGGAACAUCAGGAAGAACUACCCUGCCAUGCACCAGUACAUGGUGAAAUACCAUCAAACUGGGGUGGUGGACGCACUGGUCAGCCUCAAAACGGGUAAACUCGACGCCUUCAUCUACGACGCCGCAGUGCUGAACUACAUGGCCGGCAGAGAUGAGGGAUGUAAGCUGGUGACCAUUGGAAGCGGGUACAUCUUUGCUACCACCGGCUAUGGGAUCGCUCUCCAGAAAGGCUCCUACUGGAAACGACAGGUGGAUCUGGCCAUCCUGGCCAUCAUCGGCGAUGGUGAAAUGGAAGAACUGGAGGCCCAGUGGCUGACAGGAAUUUGUCACAACGAGAAGAACGAGGUAAUGUCCAGUCAGCUGGAUGUCGACAACAUGGCUGGGGUCUUCUACAUGCUGGCUACAGCAAUGGGGCUCUCCCUCAUCACAUUCGUGUCUGAACAUCUCUUCUACUGGAGGCUCAGAUACUGCUUCACUGGGGUCUGCACAGGCAAGCCGGGUCUUCUCUUCUCCAUCAGUCGGGGAAUCUGGAGUUGCAUCCAUGGAGUCCAUAUUGACAUGAAGAAAAAGACAGAUCUGGACUUUAGCCCUCAGGACAAAAUGCUUAAGCUCAUUAAGUCAGCCAAACAGAUGACUAACAUGUCCAACCUGAGUGGCUCCCACAUGAACUCCCCGAAACGCGAGUUCAUGCACUCAGCUGGCCCAAUGAUUAUGGACAUGAUGGCAGAGAAGGGCAACUUCAUCUAUGCUGACAACAGAAGCUAUGCUCCCAAAGAUAUGAUCUAUGGGGACACUGGGGACUUGCAGUCUUAUCUUGCUAGCCGCCACAAAGACCACCUUAACAACUACAUCUUUCAGGGAGGACAGCAUCCUCUGACCCUAAAUGAUGCCAAUCCUAACACAGUAGAGGUAGCAGUGAGUGCUGACUCAGUCCAAACCAAUGCCAAGCCACAACGGACCCUCUGGAAGAAGUCAGUGGACACUCUCCGUUCUGUGCCGCCUGGACCUCCCCCGAUGCCUGACAUGCUGAUGCCGGACCCACGAAUGUCGAUGAAGACUCAGCGCUACCUGCCUGAGGACGCAGCCCACUCAGACAUCUCUGACUGCUCAAGCAGGGCAGCCUCCUACAAGGACCCAGAAAACAACAAGCACCUGAAGCCCAAGGACAACUUAAAAAAAAGAUCAGUGAAUUCAAAAUACCCAAGGGACUGCAGUGAGGUGGAACUGUCCUACUUAAAGACUAAGCAGGUCAGCAGUGGAACCAACCAAACUGGAAGAGGAGUAGGAGAGAAAAUCUACACUAUUGACUCAGACCGAGAGCUGAGCCUGCAUUCAGACCCUAUUCACUACCGUGAGAGUCGUGGCCUUGCUGCCGAUGACUUAGAUUAUCCCGAGAUCUACUCAGACCACAGUGACAACUAUAGAAAAUGUGAACAGCCCAUAAUUCAUCUGAACUCCUCACCUUUGCAUCACGGUGAUUCAGAUCUUCUACCAGACACAUCUUACUCUAAACACUACAGCCUGAAAGACAAAAACCUUUCCCCACAUGAGUCCAUUGAUCGCUAUAAACAGACACACUGCCGUUCCUGCUUGUCAAAAGUGACGGCAAGCUACCCACAAGCAGGGUCAUACCCCCCUACUGUUGCACCUGCUGCACCUGCUGCCACACGCUCACCAUAUAAUCGUUGUGAAGCAUGCCUCCACACGGCCAAUCUGUAUGACAUCAGUGAGGACCAGCUUCUCGCAGACUCCUUGGUCAGCCCCUCCUUGCACCACCAACAGCAGCAGCAAACAGAUGAUAUGUUUGGUCUGUAUUGGCCACAGACGGAUGGGCCUCAUGUCCAAAAGAGAAACCGCUUGAGGCUGAGUCGUCAGCAUUCUUUUGACAACAUUAUGCUAGAAAAGCCCAAGGACGUAGACCUGGGGCGACCAGCACGCAGUGUCAGCCUCAAGGAGAAGGAUCGCUUUCUGGACUCAACAUCUGACUCCCACUAUGCCAACCUCUUCGGCAUGCGUCCCUACUCCGGCAGACUGUUUGGCACUGGGUCUAAAUCAAUGAUGUUUAACCACAACCUGGAGGAAAGCAAAAGGAGCAAGUCCCUGUACCCAGCCCAUGGCUCGGAUAACCCUUUCCUCAGCCACUCGCUGAGGGAUGACACCAGCAGCAGACUGGUUCAUGGGCGUAGCUCCACUGAUAUUUACAAACAGCUGGCUGUGGCCUCACCUGUAGCUGUUCUUGGAGCUGCCCCCAUCAAAACACGUAACGAUGCGAACAAUCUCCGCUCUUCCGUUAAAUCCACCACUUCUUACUGCUCAAGGGAUGGGCGGAUAGCCAAUGACAUGUACAAUAAAGAGCAUGUGAUGCCUUACUCAGCCAAUAAGACUAGUGCAUACCCAGCCCCUCGUGGCGUCCUAAACUCAGCCCAGUUCAGCAAUAGACGGGUGUAUAAAAAAAUCCCCAGCCUGGAGUCCGAUGUUUAGUUGAUAUAAGAAAUAUUAUGUUCUCUCCUCUUUAAUCCUCUCUGGGUUUGUAUUAUAAUUUAUCAACUAUGUUAUCCACCAAUGGAUGCCAUAGCCACACUGCGUUUUUCUUCUUCUCUUUGACAUUGUACUUCAAAAGAACUUGUGCCCAUGGGUAUGAUGGUACUACUAGUAUUACUCUCUUUGCAGAUGAUAUCAUCAUUUUUGUCUAUUCUCUACCAUGUACCAAUGAGUUGGCCGCAAGGCUGGCACUCUGCCAUAAGGUAUCCUGGUGUAUAGGGGAGGGGAAUCAUUAACCCCUUGUGUGGUUAAAAAGGUGAAGGAAAUUGUAAACCCCAUGAAUGGAGGACUUCUGCAGAUGUUGUUGGACAGAGGCAUUGGAUGAGUGAAGAAGUGGCUCGUAGGAUAGGAGAAAGUACAUAAGAAGGGAAUUAGAGGGAAUUAGAGGAGAUGACCUCUCUUUCAAUCCCUGUUCUUUCUUUCUUUCUUUUUCCUUUCCACCUCCACUGUCAAGAUUUUGGCUCACUGGUUCACAAGAAGAGGCCUGACAGGGAGACCAGAUGGGCACGUUUGAUGUCCCAGCCAGACAUGGAGGCAUCCCAGGAGGGCAGAGGCGUCGCAGUAAGCUAGUCCAACGGUCUGCUACUUGUUAGCCUGACAAAUCUGGCCUCUGAGACACCUGGCAGUGUAAAAGGAGAGAGAGGGAAAAUAUGAUUGACUACAUGGCAGAGAGGGGAGCCUCCAGUAGGUCUUGAUAGUAAGGAAUCAGUGGGCUUCUUAAAAUGUGGUUUUAUGUGGUAUGUCCAGGCUAUGGGUCAUGAUAGUGAUGAGAAGCUGAGAGUAAUGUAGGUGCUAUCAAUGAAUAUUGUUUACAGACUGAAGGAUAAAAAAGACAGACUGACAAAAUAACAGAUAGAAAAAGGAACGACAAGCAGGUAACCUGAGGCAGUUGAAGGGCAUUUCAUUUGUGGCUCUGCACAUAGAAAAUAAUAGCAAAGUAUUGCUUUUUUAUUCUAUUUAACUAUAAGAUUUAUUAGGGAUUCUGGCAUCCGGAUCCCCCUAUGUAGGAUUUUAGUGUUUGCUUAUUUGGUAGCACAGUAGCCAUUAGUUUUUAAAUCCUCUCUCCCACAUUUGCUUUUGAAAAAGCAUAGCUUUCUGAAAAAUAACAUGAAGAGUAGUGGAUUAUUUUGCAUGUGUUGAUUUUUUCAGUGUCGGAGAAGACAAAAUACACACAAAUACACUUGCUGACACAUAUUUUACAUGUUUUUUGAAAAGGGACUGUGUCUUGCAAGAUUUGGUGGAUGGAUAUUUGUACAAUCGAUCCUCUCUCUUUGACCUUUGUGCUUAGUAAAAAACAGUGUCAUGCUGUGGCUCUUGCGAGAAAACAGUGGAAGGGAAGAGAGCAAAGAGGAGAUAAACAAGGGAGAAAAGGAUAAAAUGACAACUGUGUCCAUCACCUUAUCGGAUGUGGGUGGGCUGGGCACCGAUGUAUUUUUGUCUUUUGACCUCCUGUCACUGAAAAACAGGGUAUUAGCUAUAUAUAAAAAACACUGACAUUUCUUUCCUUCCUUCCUCCUUCCUUCUUCCCUUCCUUGGUCAACAUGACACAUCACUAGAGUGUUGGAAAACGUUAGAACUACACUUUAUUUCUUUCAAUUUUUGUAAAAUUGAACUCUUGAGUGGUUGGUUAGAACAGUACUAGCGAUGCUACGCAGUAUCCAACCAGAACAGUCUUGCAGUGGAAUGAGUUAACAAUUAUUGGUCAUCAAUUACUGUUGACCCACAAUCAACCAGGGCUCUUGAGGAUCUGAGGACUACUUGAGACGGAUCCCUUGUUUACCUUCAUUGUGUUGUUUGGGUGGGGAUGUGGGAUGGGCUGGACUGGGCAAGAUGGAGAGGAAUGGAGCCAAGGAGGCUCCGCUGUUAUGUGCUCAUCAAUCAUGUAUCCAUCUUAGUGUGGAGUAAGUUGUGUGUGUGCAUGGCAGAACUUUGGUAAGCUUGAAGUCUUAACCACCACAAUUGCUUCCUAAUCUGAUUGUUUUUGCAUAAGUAUGUUUGAUUAUUUGUUUGUUUGUUCUUUUUAAUAACACUUAGCAGGAAAGACUUGCACAUGCACAUACUUCCAUGUACACUCGUGCCCACAAAAAAAAAAAAAAACAUGUUUUUUGUAGCAUUAUACUGUACAAAUUGUACAGUCAACAGAAAAAUCAUGUAUCCAUCUUAAACUGGCUGGUUGAUUUGCUUGAUUGAUUGGAUUCACAAAGCCAAAUUGUAUCAAAUAAAAUACCUCAGGAUGAUUCUGUGCAUUUUGGGGGAGCUUCAACCGUAGCAACAGGACAUGAUGUGGCGCAGAUUUUUUUGUAGAAAAAAAAACUAAAAAGGGAAAAAAAAAAAAAAAAAACAAGAACAUGGUUUAUAACGGCUGCAGUGCAGAAUCAAACUUUUCUCCUUUUGAUGUUUACCAGUCCUAGGUCUUCCAGUUCGGCUCUUUGUCCGAGCUCAUGCAACCCAUGUAAAGAGAGAAGGAGAGGAAGAGGAGGAGGGAAGGAAGGAAGGAAGGGAUGGCGUUAGGGAGCUUAGAUCGUUUUAGUUUUUUUGCUCAGUGAGGAGUGUUGUGUGAAGCUUCGUUCCUUUCCAAACUGAGCAGCCUUGACAAAAUGGGAGGAUGCUUAUUAAACAUCCACACCUGAUAAGCUUCCCUUAUGUGGAAUAUUCAAACAGGAAUCUCUCUCUUUUUUUUCUUCUCCAUGGCUUUUAAUGGCAGUUGACUGCAUUAGCCACUGUGUUUCAAUCGAAAGCUCCGACUUUAACAACCGCGGUCAUAUCGCCCCUUUUGUACUCUUGGAAUACUGCAGUGAACCUCUCCUAGCUUCCCAAUCUGCCACCCUGAUGUGACUGAAGAGCGACAUUUGUCUUUUUUUGCAUCUUAUCUGCAUAUUUAUUAUUAUCAUAUUUAUCUUCACAUGCUGCUUGCGUGAGCUGACAAGUGAACAAUAUGCACAUGUAAAAAAAAAGAAAAUAUCAAACGGCACCCUCGCAUUUUAUGAACUCAUGAUGAUUUGUUCUAUUUGUUCUACUUUUACAGAACUGUCAUGUAAACUGAUGCUGUUUUAUGUUCGAACACACACACACACACACACACACACACACACACAAACACAUACACACUCAGACACACCCCUGUGAUGACAACCCUGCUCUUUUUAAUGACAAAAAUGUAUUUUAAUUACAUUUAAUGAUAAAUAAUGAGGUGAUGGCAUGCAACCCCAGAUGUAACAAUUUUAAUGUUUUCUGUUUCUUUUUUCUUUUGUUAAUUAUUUUUGUUAUGAUGUUAUGAUCACUAAUGCGUUGUAACCAGGUGUGAGUAUAUACAUAUUUGAGAGAAAAAAAAUUAUCUAUGUUGAACUCGAUGAAGAUGCUGCUGCUGUUUUGGGGGAGAAGGGGAGGACUUGACCCCCAGUGCAACUUCCUCACUGGCUGACGGGUCACUAUCAGGCCAGGUUCUGACCGGUGGGGUGGGCGGGGUCAGGGGGGUCAGGGCUUGGUUUCGGUAAGGCGGGACAUCCUUGCUCUUCCUCCAAUGGCAGGUGAGAAUUACUGUAUCACCAGCUCUGCUUCUCUCUUCCCUCUCCUUCAUGUGUAGUCAGGACUUCAACUGUAAAGAAGAUAAAAGGAAAAAAAAGGCAACCCUCUACUUUGAGUCUGCUAUCCCUCCAAAGAUACGAGACCUCUUUCUUUAUGGUUUGCUGUAAGAAUAGAGCUUUUUUUUAAACUAAUACUUCCUGAAAGACUUUUAAGGAACUAUUUUGAAUAUAUUUAGAAACAACACCUGUAUACAUCGCUUGUAAAUUCAUACUGGAAUACAUCAUCAUGGAGAAUUAUAAAUGAUAAAGAGUAAAAACAAUAUUUUUUGUGUGAAUUUCACAGGAGCUCUUCUGUACAGUGGCACUGUUUCUCUCUCUCUCUCUCUCUCUCUCUCUCUCUCUCUCUCUAUCUCUCUUUCUCUCCCUCUGUAGAGCGACUAGAAUAAAACUUCACCAUUCACAAGG